AGUAUAAAGCGCGCAAAGCGAACAUCUAACCAUUUCAAUGAUUUUCCGUGGUUUUAGACUGACCUACUUAUAUGGCAAAAACUGUGAAAACAUUAAACCAUGGAUAAAAGAAAGAAGUGCCAUAAAUUUAUGUAGAACUACGAGAAGUUUGCAUACUUUGAAUGCUGCAGCCUCAAAAUACAAAAACAUUGAGUGUGGAACGACGGGAAAAAAUAAAAUACAGAACCGUUAUCAAAUAGGCGUUUAUGAUUAUGUAUUCGAUUUAGUCAAAAGAGAUGAUAGUGACAUAAUUGAUAUUUAUGAUUUAAUUGAAUUAAUGAAUAAAGCUGGUAUAUCAUUGAAUGAUCCAAGAUUAGCAAAAUUUACAAAAGCGUUGAAUGAAUUACAAGGUAAUAAAAUCAAUCGAAAUGUUCUACAAAGUAAAUCAUUAACGUUGGAUAGAGAAACAUUUCGAAUUGUAGCAAAAGAAAAUCUUCAUAUGUUAUUACGCAUUAUGACAAAUGAUUUUUGUAUACCAGAUUUUGAAUCAUUUACAAGUGAAAUUCAAACAGUUUUUAAUUUAUGCAAAGAAAAUACAAGUGGUCAAGUAGCCAGUUAUAUACCAGAAUUAAAAGAAAUGAAUCCGAACUAUUGGGGUUUAUCAUUGUGCACUGUAGAUGGACAACGCUUAUCCAUGGGUGACAGCACUAUCCCAUUUACAAUACAAUCUAGUAGUAAACCAAUUACAUAUGCAUUAGCUUUGACCGAUUUAGGUCCACAACAUGUUCAUCAAUAUGUUGGCUAUGAACCAUCAGGAUUACCAUUCAAUCAAAUUUCUUUAAAUCAUAAAAAUAAACCACAUAAUCCUUUAAUCAAUUCCGGUGCAUUAGCUAUUUGUAGUAUACUACAACCAAAUUUAAAUCCUUCAGAACGUUUUAAAUAUGUUGAAAAUAAAUUUAGUCAAAUGGCUGGUGGAUUACCAAUGGGAUUUAAUAAUGCUGUAUUUUUAUCAGAACGUGAAACAGCUGAUCGUAAUUUUGCUAUUGCAUAUUAUAUGCGUGAAAAUAAAUGUUUCCCGCCAACUUUUGAAUUACGUGAAUUAAUGGAUUUUUAUUUUCAAAUAUGUUCAAUUGAAGUAACAUGUGAAUCAGCUGGUAUUAUGGCUGGAACAUUAGCAAAUGGUGGUAUUAAUCCAUUAACAAAUGAAACUGUAGUAAGUGCAGCUGCAGCACGAGAUACUCUAUCUGUUAUGCAUUCAUGUGGAAUGUAUGAUUAUUCAGGACAAUUUGCAUUUAAGGUUGGUUUGCCAUGUAAAUCUGGUGUAUCCGGUAUCAUCAUGGUAGUUGUGCCUAAUUUACUUGGUUUAGCUGUCUGGUCACCGCCAAUUGAUAGACAUGGGAAUUCGGCUAGAGGUAUACAAUUCUGUCAAGAACUUGUUCAUAAAUUUAUCCUUCAUCAUUAUGAAAGUCAUUUACAUUAUGAUAAAAAAAUUGAUCCACGGAAACCACGUGAUUCUUAUCGAACAGAUGCAGUUACUACAUUAUUAUUUGCUGCUAGUAAUAAUGAUUUAUCAACUUUGAGAAGAUGUUUUAUUCAUGGAGUAAAUUUUAAUUCAAUUGAUUAUGAUGGACGUACUGGUUUACAUGUAGCUGCUAGUUGUGGUUCAUUAGAUGCUGUCAAAUUUUUUAUUGAAGUUUGUGGUGUUACACUUAAUCCAAUUGAUCGUUGGGGGCAUACACCAUUAACAAAUGCAAAACAAUUUGGUCAUGAACAAAUUGUUGAAUAUUUAGAAAAUAAGAAUAAAACAAAUCAAUAAUUCCAGAAUCAUGGAUACCAAAGUGUGUAAUACAAGUAAUAUCUUCAUUGAAUUCGAUUAUUUCUAUGAGAUUUGUUUAUUUAAUUUUUAUUUUGAAAUUUAUUCAUCUAAAUAAGAAUAAUAAGAAUAAAAAUGAAACCUAAUAAAACAUUAUUUUUUUUCUUUAAAACAGUUAUUAUUUAUUAUUUUCUGAUUGUUAUACUACUGUUACUAUGACUACUAUUGUUGCUGUGAGUGAUACGUUUACUGCUAUCACUAUUACUACUACUGCUACUAUCACUAAUACUACGGCUAUCACUAUUACUGCUACUAUUGCCACUAUCACUAUUGCUGCUACUGCCACUAUCACUACUAUCACUAAUACUACUGCUAUCACUAUUGCUACUACUAUUACUACUAUCACUAUUACUACUACUGUUACCAUUACUACUACCGUUACUAUUAUUACUAUCACUACCACUACUACUAUUGCUACCAUUAUUAUUAUUAUUAUUACUAAUCAUGGUAGCAAUAUCAUGAUUAUAUUCCUUUCUAAAUGAUAUUCGUAUUUAAUUAAAGUGACUAAAAGAUCAUCUAAUAUAAUUUAAGAGUAUUUUAUAUUUAACUUUCGAAAAUAAUUUAAAUGUGUAUUUAUCCUAUUUCUAAUAAGAUUUUAUGCAUUUAUGUAUGAUAAAUUAGAUUUUACUUACAAAAUUAAAUUACUUAAUUACUUACUUAUGCCUGUUACCCCCCUCCCAAGUGGAGCAUAGGCUGCCGAUCAGCAUUCUUCAACUCAUUUUGUCUUAGAUCUGCCUUCUUUCUAAUUCUAUUCAAUUAUUGUUUAUUCUUCUUCUUCCUCUUCUCAUAUCUUAUUCUUCAAAAAAACAUUUAAUGAAAUAAUGAGAAAUGAAUUCAGUUAACAAAUACAUUACACUAUUC